AAGGGAUGCUGGAGGGGUUGCGUCGUACCUUGCGCCUGGCCCUGGCGCGCGGCCCCAGGUCGUGGCACCCAGCGCCCUACGGCCCGUGCGCCGGAGCUUGGCCACACCGCCUGCUUUCGCUUCCAGCCGCGAGCUCCGUGCCACCGCCGCUCUCUGCAGCCCCGCGUACCCGCAGCCUCCCCAUGGCCAGCCCGCUUCGCUCCACUGCGGCCCUUGCCCGCCAGGUACCUCGAACCCGGGCGUUUGCGGAAGGGGGGAGGAUUGGAACCCGGGUCUCCGUAGCUUGCGGGCCUGGCCGGGCGCCUUGUCGCCGUUUCCUGCACCAUCCUCCUUCGCCUUGCCCUCCAUUCCGCCUCCAGCGAGGCGUCCCCUCUUCCCCCCAUCCCUGCCCGAAAUCUGGAGUUCCAGCCUGCAAUCUCCGCCUCUUGGAGGUUCCCGCUGUCCAGGUCUAACACCCCUAAGGGUGACCCGCUCCGGAGCGCGGCGAGGACCGCCACGGGGGACGUGAGGGUAGCCACGGACUCGCUCUGAGGGAGGAGGCGAGAGCUGAAUCUCUGGGCUGCCAGAACCCAGAGCCACAUCCUACGUGCCUUUGCCACCCCAAAAUAUUUUGACCGCAGCCUUCUGCCUCCUUGGAUCUUUCUUCCCCACCCCCACCCCCGUAGUUAUUUAGCAGAUUAGGCAUUAAAACAAAUGUCGGCAGGUUUUCCCAAUUAGUCCCGCUUCCCUGUGUCUUUAUCUUUUAAAUUGCCCCCUAAUACCAUGAGGUUUAAGGUGUGGGGUGGAUGCUGAGGCAUCGGAGGACCCUGCUGGUGGAGAAAAUGGUUCACGCCCGUCCCCGUCCCCUUUGCAGGCUUGCUAUUGUGCGUCUGUGAUUGACAAGACCACGAGGCUGAGCGCGCCCUGGAGAUUUUUCUAUAAAUGGCUUAACACCCCAGUCUAGACUAUUUGCUCGGAUAUAAGGGAGACAAUUGUUUUUUUGUUCUUUGCCGGCGAACCCUGGCUCUGUAGGGCUGACCUGGAAUUUAACCAGUCUUCCCUGAGCCGACAGAGGAGGACAAAAACGGCCGCGACCCCGGCAGGGUGGGAAGUGCAGGGCAGCGCUCCCAAGACGCGCUCGUUGGAGGUUCGGGCCUGGGUGCUUGGUUGUCUGAGCCCCCUUUUUUGUGUUUGCCUGGGUCCUGGAGAGGAGCGCACGGUAUCAUGGAUUGCAGUAACGGAUGCUCCGCUGAAUGUACGGGAGAAGGAGAAUCAAAAGAGGUGGUGGGGACUUUUAAGGCUAAAGACUUAAUAGUCACACCAGCUACCAUUUUAAAGGAAAAACCAGACCCCAAUAAUCUGGUUUUUGGAACUGUGUUCACGGAUCACAUGCUGACGGUGGAGUGGUCCUCAGAGUUUGGAUGGGAGAAACCUCAUAUCAAGCCUUUUCAGAACCUGUCAUUGCACCCUGGCUCAUCGGCUUUGCACUAUGCAGUGGAAUUAUUGGAAGGAUUGAAGGCAUUUCGAGGAGUAGAUAAUAAAAUUCGACUGUUUCGGCCAAAUCUCAACAUGGAUAGAAUGCAUCGAUCUGCUGUGAGGGCAACUCUGCCGGUAUUUGACAAAGAAGAGCUCUUAGAGUGUAUUCAACAGCUUGUGAAAUUGGAUCAAGAAUGGGUCCCAUAUUCAACAUCUGCUAGUCUGUAUAUUCGUCCUACAUUCAUUGGAACUGAGCCUUCUCUUGGAGUCAAGAAGCCUACCAAAGCCCUGCUCUUUGUACUCUUGAGCCCAGUGGGACCUUAUUUUUCAAGUGGAACCUUUAAUCCAGUGUCCCUGUGGGCCAAUCCCAAGUAUGUAAGAGCCUGGAAAGGUGGAACUGGGGACUGCAAGAUGGGAGGGAAUUACGGCUCAUCUCUUUUUGCCCAGUGUGAAGCAGUAGAUAAUGGGUGUCAGCAGGUCCUGUGGCUCUAUGGAGAGGACCAUCAGAUCACUGAAGUGGGAACUAUGAAUCUUUUUCUUUACUGGAUAAAUGAAGAUGGAGAAGAAGAACUGGCAACUCCUCCGCUAGAUGGCAUCAUUCUUCCAGGAGUGACAAGGCAGUGCAUUCUGGACCUGGCACAUCAGUGGGGUGAAUUUAAGGUGUCAGAGAGAUACCUCACCAUGGAUGACUUGACAACAGCCCUGGAGGGGAACAGAGUGAGAGAGAUAUUUGGCUCUGGUACAGCCUGUGUUGUUUGCCCAGUUUCUGAUAUACUGUACAAAGGCGAGACAAUACACAUUCCAACUAUGGAGAAUGGUCCUAAGCUGGCAAGCCGCAUCUUGAGCAAAUUAACUGAUAUCCAGUAUGGAAGAGAAGAGAGCGACUGGACAAUUGUGCUAUCCUGAAUGGAAAAUAGAGGAUAUGAUGGAAAAUAGAGGGUUCCAACUCUAUGCUACUGGGACAGACUGUUGCAUUUGAAUUGUGAUAGAUUUCUUUGGCUACCUGUGCAUAAUGUAGUUUGUAGUAUCAGUGUGUUACAAGAGUGAUUGUUUCUUCAUGCCAGAGAAAAUUAAUUGCAAUCAUCAAAUGGUGUUUCGUAACUUGGUAGUAGUAGCUUACCUUACCUAGAAAAAUAUUAAUGUAAGCCACAUAACCUGGGAUUUUCCUCAGUGAUUUUAGUGCCUCCCUUUGUACCUCACUCAGAUACUAAAUAGUAGUUUAUUCUUUAAUAUAAGUUACAUUCUGCUCCUCAACCAAAUGCAAAUUUUUUUGUGUAUUUGAAAGCUAAUUUGAGAAAAUUUCGUAGGUUACAUUUCCUGCAGCCUAUCUUUAUCCACAGAAAGUGUUUUCUUUUUUUUAAAUCAAGACUUUUAAAACUGGAUUUCCUCCCAUCACUGUUUUUUGCAGGCCCUCCAAGUCCAUCUUAAGGUAAAUAUCUCUCUUCUUCCUGAUGUCACAGCCUGAGCAUACCCUGUGCAUUAGGAAGACCUGAGUGCAUUUCCCACCAUUAUCCUUUCCACAUUAUAUUGUAGCUGGCUGGCUGUCCGGUGACCACAGACUGAGGGUCUUGUGCCUUAUAGAUCUUUGUAUCCCCAAUGGCUGACACAUAGUAGGUACUCAGUAAAUGGUUUUAUAAUGAAUCAAUGAACAUUUUGCUUCUAUAGAAGUGUACCUUCUUUGUUUCUAUAUUAUGAAACCUGUUUAUUAGAAUUUGUGAUUGAUUCUGACACUGUAUAGAUUUAUCUUAUAUUGUCUUUAUUUUCCAUGAGCUACUAAGUCAUUAGAGAUACUCUGAAGCAUAGUUAGUUUAGGAAAUCAUUUCAUAUUGACUGUGUUGGAAUUGUCUUGGAAUUGAAGAUAUAUCCUUAGAGCAGGGGACCCCAACCUCCAGGCUACAGGCCACACAGCAGGAGGAGGUGAGUGCUGGGCCAUCAAGAAGCUUCAUCUGUAUUUAUGGCUACUUCCCAUCACUCGAAUUACCACCUGAACUCCACCUCUUGCCAGGUCAGUGACAGCAUUAGAUUCUCAUAGGAGCACAAAUCCUAUUGUGAACUCUGCAUGCAAGGGAUCUAGGCUAUGCGCUCCUUAUGAGAAUCUAAUGCCUGAUGAUCUGAGGUGGAACAGUUUCAUCCUGAAACCACCCUCCACCCCGCAGUCUGUGGAAAAAUUGUCUUCCACAAAACUGGUCCCUGGUGCCAAAAAGGUUGGGGACCACUGCUCUAGAGAGAGGUCAUGAUAUCAUACCAACCAAAUGGAAAUGACAAAUGUUUUAUGUUAAGUGUUAAUUGCAGAAAUAAAUCUUUUUUUUUUUUUUUUGGUAGAAAACAAAGAGGCAUACUCUGAUUUUUAUACUCUGUUUUUGCAGGUGCUCUUUUCUUUGAAUGGAGAUUUGAUGAGCAAGUGGUUAGGAUACAGGGAGAGCUAUUAUGGGUGAUAUUUUCCUUGUUUAGGAGCUGUGAGUUAAAAUUGUAUCCUUUCUGGUUUAUCUAAGGAAAGCCAAAUCUUGACAGAAAACAUUUUUCCCUGGAAGGUCAACUCUCAGACAUUGUAUUUUGGUUUCCCUCAGUCCUCAUAACUUCCUUCUUGCUGAACAUAUUUUAUUCUCUUUUCAGAGAAGGAAAGAAAAAAGGAUUCUGAAAGUUUGAUACGUUGGAAAAAUUUCCUUGAGGCAUUUAGCAACACAUAGCAAAUGGGCUUUGAUUCUUUUCCAAAACUUUUAGCCAUAGGGUCUUUUAUAGACAGGGAUAGUAAAAUGAAAACUGAGAAAUAUAAGAUGAAAAGGAAUGGUAAAAAUAUCUUUUGGGGGUUUUUAAUUGGUGAUCUGAAAUCUUGGGAGAAGCUGUUCUUUUCAGGCCUGAGGUGCUCUUGACUGUCUCCUGCACACUGUGUACCCCAAGCAGCAUUCUAAGGGUGUGCUUUCGCCUUGGCUAACUCCUUUGACCUCAUUCUUCAUAUAGUAGUCUAGGAAAAAGUUGCAGGUAAUUUAAACUGUCUAGUGGUACAUAGUAACUAAAUUUCUAUUCCUAUGAGAAAUGAGAAUUAUUUAUUUGCUAUCAGUACAUUUUAUACUUUGCAUCUCUAAAUUUAUUGUGGCAAGGCUUGUCCAUUGUGAAAGUUAGAGAACAUUAUGUUUGUAUCAUUUCUUUCAUGAAAUCUUAAGAGCAUUUUUAAGCCCUUUUCAUCAGACCCAGUGAAAACUAAGGAUAGAUGUUUAAAAACUGGAGGUCUCCUGAUAAGGAGAACACAAUCCACCAUUGUCAUUUAAGUAAUGAGACAGGAAAUUGACCUUGACGCUUUCUUGUUAAAUAGAUUUAACAGGAACAUCUGCACGUCUUUUUUCCUUGUGCACUAUUUGUUUAAUUGCGGUGGGUUAAUACAGCAAGAGUGCCACAUUAUAACUAGGCAAUUAUCCAUUCUUCACGACUUAGUUAUUGUCACACUAAUUGAUCAUUUAAGGCACAAGAUGGUCUAGCAUUAGGAACAUGUGAAGCUAAUCUGCUCAAAAAGAUCAACAAAUUAAUAUUGUUGCUGAUAUUUGCAUAAUUGGCUGCAAUUAUUUAAUGUUUAAUUGGGUUGAUCAAAUGAGAUUCAGCAAUUCACAAGUGCAUUAAUAUAAACAGAACUGGUGGCACUUAAAAUGAUAAUGAUUAACUUACAUUGCAUGUUCUCUUCCUUUCACUUUUUUCAGUUUUUACAUUUCAGACCGACUUUGUCAGCUUUUUUGAAAACACAUCAGUAGAAACCAAGAUUUUAAAAUGAAGUUUCAAGACAAAGGCAAAACCUGAGCAGUUCCUAAAAAGAUUUGCUGUUAGAAAUUUUCUUUGUGGCAGUCAUUUAUUAAGGAUUCAACUCGUGAUACACCAAAAGAAGAGUUGAAUUCAGAGACGUGUUCCAUGCUCUCUAGUACAGGAAUGAAUAAAUUUAUAACACCUGCUUUAGCCUUUGUUUUCAAAAGCACAAAGGAAAAGUAAAAGGGAAAGAGAAACAAGUGACUGAGAAGUCUUGUUAAGGAAUCAGGUGUUUUUCUACCUGGUAAACAUCCUCUAUUCUUUUCUCAAAAGAUUGUUGUAAGAAAAAAUGUAAGGAAAAAAAAAAAAAAAAAACAGAGGCAGAGGCAGGCAGUAGCAAGAAGGCAGAGCGUAACAUCAGCUAGAUGGUGACAUGCAAUGUCAGCUCUCUUGAAGACAUGGGAAACCUACGUUAUACACCUUGGGUUAAAAUUCUUCACCAUAUUAGUUUUGUUGCUUCAUAAAAUUGUACCUAAGCCUAAGCAAGUGGUCUUGCUUGUCUCAAAUCCAAGCAGUCUUGAACACUUGAAGGCAAUUAACGAGCAUAUCUUAAUCAAAAGAAUUGUUGGAGCUUUUUAUUAAAGCUGCAGUUUCAGUUCUGCUUUUGGGGAAUUGUGCUAUGAAAGCAGCUGCCAAAAUAAGCUCAUUUAUUUUCUCCAGUCCCACUCAGUGCUCAGUCACUGUAUUCUGUUUCCUUUUUUUUUUUUUUUUUUCAGGUUGCAUGUUUGGUUUCCCCUUAUGAUUGGGAAAGAUGAAUUUUCAGCAGAAAACAGUGUUUGUUCACUUUCAAAGAGUGAUAGUUUCUAAAACAUUUAGAGCAAUAAAUAUUCAUCAGAGGUACCAAGUAAGCCAGCAGAAGACUUAAGGGUUAGAGAAACCCUUUAUUUCAUGUCUUGAUUCUAAAAUGAUCAAAGUACUUUUCUUUGUAAUGUGGAUUUCUUCUUAUGAGGAUAUGCAAAAACUUCAGUUAUAAGUAGUAAUGCUAGCAGGUAAUUUUAGUGGACAUUUUAUAACAACUGUCACUUUGUUUUGCCACAUAUAGAGUUUGUUCAGCUAUUUUCCAGAUAUUUCCCCCAAAAAGGAGGCAAAGGGUACCAGCUUUUCAAUGAGCAUUACCUAUUCCUUGGCAAAGAUGAUGAAGACUCUAUUAAUAGUUCAUCUGAUAAAUGUUGACAUAACCAACAAUAGAGAUUAGGAAGUUAGUUUUUUUUUUUUUUUUUUUGAGGCGGAGUCUUGCUCUGUCGCCCAGGCUGGAGUGCAGUGGCGCAAUCUUGGCUCACUGCAAGCUCCGCCUCCCGGGUUCACGCCAUUCUCCUACCUCAGCCUCCCGAGUAGCUGGGACUACAGGCGCCCACCACCGCGCCCGGCUAAUUUUUUGUAUUUUUAGUAGAGAUAGGGUUUCACCGUGUUAGCCAGGAUGGUCUCGAUCUCCUGACCUCAUGAUCUGCCCGCCUCUGCCUCCCAAAGUGCUGGGAUUACAGGCAUGAGCCACCGCGCCCGGCCAGGAAGUUAGUUUUAAGAAAUCAAUGGCAUAUAGACACUACCCUCAUGGAGUUUGUAUUCUACUACUCGAACUGUUUGUAGCUAUAAAAGCAAUAGUUAGACAGAUGAAUCGUUAGAUCAUAAGCAAGGAAGGCCAGAGCACAUCUCUUAUCAAGAAAUCAAUGAAUAGUUUAUCUCAUUUUUAAAGCAACUUUAUCCUUCUUUAAUUCUUUCCUUUCUUCUAGUGCAAAACUACUUAAUAAGCUUGGUGUUUAGGUUAGGGUUCACACCACUCCUCAUCUGGUGUGAAUUACCUUCUCUUUCUUUACUGUUUACCACCAACCUAGUACAUGUGUUGACUGCGUUCUUUUCAGACAAUGUUGAGUUAUCAUGGUGCAUCUAAUAAAUUAACAUUACAGAUUACAGCAUCCUUGCUGAUUUUCUUAGCAAAGCCAGAUUAUAUGGAAAUAAACAAAGAAAAUGAUCCUAGAGUGAAUUUUUCUAGAAAAUAUAUAUUAGGAACCAUGCUGUUUAAAGUAUUAGCUUGAAAGUGAUGGAUCUAGCUAUUCAGAAAAUAACUUUCAUAUAACCAUAAUUUUGCACAGUAUGAGGUCUUAAAUGUGUUGAAAGAGAUAAAUUUUUAUCAUUACCACAAACUCCUUUUAAAGAUUCAAAGGUGGAAGAGAGUGAUUUAUUUUUUCUCUUCAGCAUACAUAUGUAAAAGGCUUCUCAGGUGUUUAAUUUGGGGAGGUUGAUAAUGAAACAUAUCAACAGAGUAUAGUAGUUAUAGUAGUGUUUGUGGGUAAAUAAUUUCUUGGGGUCAGACAUAUAUAAACAUAUUUGCUUCAAAAUGAUAAAGUCAUGAAAUCAGUCUUAAAAAUUGAAAUGGGGGGUGAUGGGGGAGAAAAAGAAGAACAAAUUUGAAGUGCCCUUUCAAAUCUGCUGGAUACAAGUAUUGAAGUUUUACGUCAUCUUAUUCUGUCUGAAAUUGUAUUUUUCAUUCUACAAUAGACCCAAUCAACAAGACCUAUAACUUGAGUUGCAUGAUGUUCAGUUUAUAUAAUCUACUGUUGGGAUGGUAAGAAUUGAUGUAGGCUGUGGUGUAGGAAUGAAUUAAAAUAUAGUUUCACUGGCUUUUCUUACAUAUCCACUGUCAGAAUGGCUAGGUUUCCUGUUGCUCACUAUUGGAUUCUGGAGAAAAAUUUAAUGAAAGGUGAUAUCAGAGGAAGAAUAAGUGGAGGUAGAGAAGAAAGGAAUGAUAGAGGAGGGGAAAAAAACAAAACAUAUUUUUGUGUUAUCCAAAGGAGCUUUUUCCUUAUUCUGUCAAGCAUUGAGAUCUUCAGCUUUCAAUGUAGUUGCUAAAUACAAAUAAUGCUACUAGGUAGUGACUAAGUAUAGUGAACACUUCAUCAGAUAUUAGAAUUAGGUCACACUAUUGAGGUUAUAAUCUGAAGGUUGUGUUAGAUAGAAACCACUUUAGAUUAUUAUCAACUUGGACUAGACUUCAUUUUAUAAUUGCAUAGUCAGUAAUAUCUAUUGUGUCAUUUCUUCAACCAUUUUAUUCUAAGAUCCAUGAAGCUUCUUGAGGCCAAAUAAAAUAAUAAGUUUAGGCAAGAAGUAGAUUGUCACUUUUUUCCCUUAGAGAUACCAUUUACCACUAUCCCCCAUCCUGAUAGGUGGAAGGUUUACUGAAUUGGAAAUUGGUUGACUAUUAGUUUUUAACUAAAAUGUGCAAUAAUACAUUGCAGUUUCCUCAAACUAGUUUCCUAUGAUCAUUAAAGUAAUUCUCAGGGCUAAGAAAGGAAUGUAAAUAUCUGCCUCAAUUUGUACUUCACCAAUAAGUUUUUGAAGAGUGCAGAUUUUGAGUCAGUUCUUAAAAAUAAACUCACAAAUCUGGAUGCAUUUCUAAAUUCUGCAAAUGUUUCCUGGGGUGACUUAACAACAAUGAAUAAUCCCACAAUAUACCUAGCUACCUAAUACAUGGAGCUGGGGCUCAACCCACCGUUUUCAGGAAUUUGCGCUUACUUGUGGCUGAGGAAAAAUAAGUAGUUCGAGGAAGCAGUUUUUAAAUUUGAGCUUAUAGAUAGAAACAGAAUAUCAACUUAAUUAUGAAAUUGUUAGAACCUGUUCUUUUGUAUCUGAAUCUGAUUGCAAUUACUAUUGUAAUGAUAAACUCCAGCCAUUGCAAGUCUCAAAUAUCUUAGCUGUGUAGUGAUUCUUGAAAUUCUUUUUAAGAAAAAUUGAGUGGAAAGAAAUAAACCCUUUGUAAAUGAGGCUUGGCUUUUAUGAAAGAUCAUCCACAGGCUGUGUUAAAGGAUUUUAGCUCACUAAAAGUGUAAUAAUGGAAAUGUGGAAAAUAUCGUAGGUAAAGGAAACUACCUCAUUCUCUGAAGGUUUUGUAAAAGCACAAUUAAACAUUCUAAAAUGGCUUUGUUACGCCAGAGCCAUCUGGUGUGAAGACUCUAUAUUUGUAUGUUGAGAGGGCAUGGAAUAAUUGUAUUUUCUGGCAAUAGGCACAUUCUUUAUUAUUUGCAGGUUCCUCAUCAAAUCUGUAAUUAUGCACAGUUUCUGUUAUCAAUAAAACAAACGAAUCCUG